GCGGUCUCUACGUCCCAUCCGUCGGUCUGGAUAAUUCCACAUGAACGAAAAAUGGCGUUCACAUUCGCGGCCUUUUGUUAUAUGCUGGCGUUGCUGCUGACGGCGGCCCUUAUUUUCUUCGCUAUCUGGCACAUAAUUGCUUUCGAUGAGCUGAAGACUGAUUAUAAGAAUCCUAUAGACCAAUGUAACACGUUAAACCCGCUGGUGUUGCCGGAGUACCUCAUCCAUGUGUUCUUCUGUGUGAUGUUCCUGUGUGCCGCAGAGUGGCUAACCCUUGGACUCAACAUGCCUCUGCUGGCCUAUCACGUCUGGAGGUAUAUGAGUCGCCCUGUGAUGAGUGGACCUGGAUUGUAUGACCCCACCACAAUAAUGAAUGCAGAUAUUCUUGCAUACUGUCAGAAGGAGGGCUGGUGCAAACUCGCAUUCUACCUCCUCUCGUUCUUCUACUAUCUUUAUGGGAUGAUCUACGUUUUGGUGAGCUCUUAAAACUGGAUGCUGCUGCUUUGGAAGUGUGUAUGAUGUUUGAAGCUCUGAUUUCAAUUCCCAAAUGGAGCUGAAUUUGGACUCGGCCAUCUCUCUCAGUUCUGGCCGGCUGUUUCAAAUGGACAUUUGACUUUAUUUAAUCUGCAUCAGCCAAGAACGAUUCAGGAUGCAAGCAGUCUGCACAAUUCUAGAAUCACACUUAUUCACAAAAACAACUACCAACUCUGUUUAGACGUACACUAUAUGCAUGUCAAGUCACUUUACACACUGAAAGCAUCCGUAGAUGAGAUGAAUCUCUUGACACUGACUGGAUCUUGUCCAAAGCAGAGACCCAAGGGCUUAAUAACGAAAAAGCUGAUAGAUAUGUUCAAUGAUUUUACUCCCCAUCUUUGUCUUCAAACUGUGGGACAAAAUAAAGAUCUUGAUGGCAGCAUUUUUACAGACGCCACAGGCUUAUUUUAUCUAUUAUGUAUUACUGCCUUGUAGCUCAGUCAGUUCUUUAAUUUGUUCUACAGAGUUGUGUGCUGCUUUGGUGGUACAUGAUCUUGUCAGUCUAUAUUUCUGCCUUAUAUAGAUGGUUGUUAUCAGAUGACUGGUCCAUUAAUUCUCAAUUUCAGUGUUACAACCAUUAAUUACAGACUUUCUGGUAUCAAAUGAGAACUGAUGCUUUCAAUGUGUAGAAGGCUUUACUGCGCACAGCCUGGAAAUACUCAAUCAUAUUGCUUUUAAAUUUAUUUUUUUGUGUGCAUUUUGUAUUUCUAAGAGGAAUUGUUUACUUCAGUUGUUAUGUGUUUUGUGAGAUAUAGAAGAGACGAGUGGAUGCUAUUUUCUGUUUGAAUAUUUAGGUUUGAUGUUGGCAUUGAUCUCAGUGUGCCAAGAUAAAACAUUUUGGUAAUCCGUUAAUAAUCAUUGACAGAUAAAUGGUUUAAGCAUGAUGUGUUGCUGGUAGAGCUUGAAUCCAGUGUUUUACCUGCAUUCAGAGCAGAGCUGUCUGUAAGACAGUGACACCAAAAGACAGUGCUGUUUUCAUUAUCACCAAACUGGGCCACCAAGGUGGCAUUAAUUCAUGUCACAUUUGAUUUCCCCUAUGAAGUUUUAGUAUUUUUCCUGAUUUAUAUCCUCUGUGUGUGUGAUUCCACCCUGAUAUGUGUGUUUGAAUGUUAAGUAUUUGUCAGAACUGUAGUAAAUUGUGAUUUUUGGCUUGUAAUAUUGCUUUAAAAUUCCCAAUAAAUUCUUCAUA